AUGGGACAAUCGCAGCCGCCUGCUUCACGUUGGGGCCGCUACGGUGUGCCAUUCCAGACAAAUUGGCACACUGCUGUUGAUUGUUUGGUCAUUAUCAGCGGGAUUUAUUCAUCCAUCGUGUUCUCCCAUCAUCAACGCACGCACAUGUCCAAGUCCCUUACCCGAACGACGUAGCGAGACAUCGUAAUCCUACUGUAGUCUUUUGUAUGGCGUUUGGACGCCUCAAGCUCGAAGAUUGUCCGGUGGGUCUCGACGUUGGCAACUACGAAAAAAAAGAAAACUUGAUUACAGUAGUCCGAUGUCUCUAUCGAGGACAUCGCAACGAAACAAACACGAAAACGCCUACACGUUCUUGAACCCCAAGCACACAAUUGAAACCCACAUACGUCUUGUGUACUUGCAAAAGACCCUGAAAGGGAAGUUUACCUUGUCAAGACCAGGUGGUCGCACGGAAGCUCUAUUGCAUCAGUAUCACCCAAGGGCGGCCUGCUGCUUCAAAACACGUACGUGUGACCCAUCUCUCGACGUCCCGCACAACAACCAAAAAUGCCAUCCGCCUUCCUGCUUAUCACGAACCAAACCACCCAACAAUUCCACACUGUGGUGGUGAAAGGAAACUGCGGUACUACUGUACCAUCAAACCCGAAAACAAGAGACAACACCGACAACCAGAAUACGUCACGACAUUGCAAUAAUAGUACACUACAAUACUGAGCCUGGACACACCACGAUCCUCGCAUACGGAGACGACAACAUUUACGAAGCAAGGGACAAACAAUGUGUUAACAAACUUACAGAACACCGCUUGUUUCGACCAUUUCG